AAAAAAACCCAAACCCAAACCCAACCAAAACAAAACAACCAUGUCCCCCAACUCCUAUGGCUCCUCCUUACCAGAGAGAGGAGGAUCAUCGACUCGCCAACACUGAAAUCGUUAAGAGUGGACAUUACAAGUUUGCAAAGUCAUUGGACCCUAAGCUCACUCGUAGUCCAAGGGAAGCCAUGCAGGAUGAAGACGGAUAUGUCACUUUAAAUAUUAAAGGUCGAAAACCGGCUCUCACCUCAGUUGACUCUGCUUCCUCACCUUUGUGGCGUGUGAUGGCUUUGAUUCUGCUGACCUUGUGCGUGGGGUUAGUUAUUGGGCUGGUGGCUUUGUGGAUGAUGUCUGCCACAGAGCGAAACUACCUACAAGUGGAGAACAAAAAUUUCUCAGGCACUCUGCACCGGUUGGCACAGCAGUUCUGCCAGUAUUUAAUAAAACAAUCCGAACAAAAGAGCGGCGCCAGUAAGUAUGGCCAUAAAUGCAGCCCAUGUGACCGAAACUGGAGAUACUACGGCGAUAGUUGCUAUGGAUUUUUCAGGCACAACUUGACGUGGGAAGAGAGUAAGCAGUACUGUGUUAACGUGAACGCUGCUUUGCUGAAGAUCACCAGCCAGAAAGUUCUGGAAUACAUGAAGUCUAGGACUGGAUUCAUUCGUUGGGUUGGACUGUCCCGCAAGAACACUAAUGAGGUCUGGAGGUGGGAAGAUGGUUCGGUGCCCUCCAAAGAUGUGUUUGAGCUUUCUGGAAAUGGAGGAGACAAUAUGAAUUGUGCCUAUUUUUAUAAUGGGAAAAUUUACCCCACCUUCUGUAAUGACAAACAUUACUUAAUGUGUGAGAGGAAGGCAGGCAUGACAAAGGUGGACACACUCCUGUAAUGCAAAGAGAUGGGAAGGAUGUCACAGACAGGUGCUUGAUUGUACAGUGACAGAUCUGGAUGAACGACUUCCUGGACAUAAAAUUGUUUAUUUUUUCCCUUCAUCCCCCUUGGAGUCAUCUUUACAUUAUCUUUUCUACCAACCCCGCUUCAUUCCUCCUUUAUCUAUCCCUUCAUACUAAGGGAUAACUUAAUCCCUUCUUUAUACAUCCGGAAGUCAGUCUGUGAGUUGAUCAUUUGUUCUCAGUUGUUCUGUUUCCAUGGGUUUUCUUUCUUCUUGUCUUCUCCUCAUAAUUAUGUCAACACAGUAUGAUUCACUGCAUCUUCAGACGCAAACAAAAAAACACUUUAAAUUGGAAUGAGAACGGCUAGGCUUUCAUCAACCGAAGCUGUGCAAAAUAUCUACGUUUGAAAGACAACAUAAGGUAGUGGAAAGAAAACUGAACUUGGACUCCGUAGAACAAUGUAGAUGAUGACUUAACUAAAGUACAACCAUGGACCAAAUAGUAGUGUGGCCCCUUUAACGUUCAUUUUCUGAUACUUCAAAUAGAAUAGCACCCAUUAUCUCACGCUCGCACAACCUAAGAAAAGGUCAGGGUACUAACUAUAUCGAUAACUCCAUGAAGGCAAACACCAUGACUUUCCUAUACGCCCAGCAUUAAACACGGCUCCUUGUGGCUCACGGGAAGCAAAAAAACAGUCACUUGUCAUCGCGUGAAAAGCACCACAAUCUGUAAAACGUCACAGAAUUACAAUUUGGAUUCUGAGUCUGCUUUGGUCAGACUCAACCUCUGUAAUUUUCUGUGCAAGGAAAAUAAAAGUUUCUGGGCAAGAAGCCUGAUGGGGUUUAAAAAUAAGAAAAUGCUUCCUUAACAAGGCCCAUAGGCAAGUAGACAAAACGGCAAGUAAAAAUGUUUUAUCUCUUCCUGACA